AUGGGAACUCAGCCAUUUCAGAGCUGGUCAAAAUUUCAAGUAAUGACCAAAGAAGAAGAUGUUUAUCCAUUCUCCUUUCCAACUCAACUAUCUCCUCUUGAAUUCAGUACCUAUAAUCCUGGAUGUGCUGGUUCUGGUUCACAACUUGAUUUUCCCUUUCGAGACCCUGAUUUUGAUGCUUUUCCUAUAAUGGGGAGCUGUUUGAAUGAUCCUUCGUACGCAUCAUUGGAUAUUGAUCCGAGCCACUACAUGUUCCAAGCAGAUUCAUGGCAAGGUUUUCAUGGCAGUGGCUUUAGACAUGGGAAUGAAAAGAGUCCCGAGUUUGGUAUACAAAAUCAGCAGCUUUUAUUGGCUGGCAGCAAUGAACAAUUAACUAGUCAAGAAGAAGUUGUGGUGGAAGAGAAGGGAAUGAAAAAGGCCAGAGAGGAGAAGGGUGGGACUAUUAGCUCUAAGAAUUUAUCUCGAAAAACCAUCUCCAAUUAUUUUUACAUGCCAAUUACUCAAGCAGCCAAGGAGCUUAAUGUUGGAUUGACACUACUCAAGAAAAGGUGUAGAGAGUUGGGAAUUCGAAGAUGGCCUCAUAGAAAGUUGAUGAGCCUUCAAACCCUAAUCAAGAAUGUCCAGGAAUUGGCAAAGGAGGAAGGCGAGGGAGCGGAAAGGAAGUUUAGAGAAGCCAUAGACAUAUUGGAGCAUGAAAAGAAAAUGUUGGAAGAAAUACCUCAUUUGCAACUUGAAGAUAACACCAAGAGAUUGAGACAAGCAUGCUUCAAGGCUAAUUACAAGAAGAGAAAGCUCAUGGGGAUGGUGAAAGAAUCUCCAUCUCACUCUGGAGUUAACCCUCGUGAAGUUAAUGCUCUUGCUACUCCCGAUUUUGGCUCUAGGGUAGAUGAUGAUCAACAAGAGGAGGAGCUUAAGAUACUGUUUUCUGACUGCUUUCCCUCCCCCAACACAAUGAUUUCUGGUUGA